AAAAAAAAAUGCUAGUAUUUUACGUAGCUGCUACACUUAUAUUAGUCGCAAUGGGAUGUGAUGAAAUUCGCAGUCCUGGAACCCAUCAUUCCACAAAUACCCCUGAAAAAGUGAAGUACUGUAUAGAUUGCCGACAACAUUUUAAAGAUGAAUGUAUAAUUGGACAAUCGGGAUACAGUUGCGUAAAUCGCCUAAAACCCAGCGGGUACAAGCCACUACACCGACUUCGGGAUGCACCAAUAAAAACGACCAACUUGAGUGUUUGCGUACCAGACGAAAUAACCAUAAGUGAUAUGGAAUUUAAAAUAUGCUGUGUAUGGUCACCAUUAUUGGGCUGCCAGCCUUUAGUUGAAACGCGUAUACCGAUUAGAUGUCAAACUUGCAUUGAAGCGGAGAAGAUCUAUAAGGAUUUAAAUGGGUGUCCUUGCAUGAAACGAAUUAAAUUUAUCCAUCCAGAGAAUGGAAUCGGAAAACUAGAUAGUACCAUUGUUCCAUUUUUAGUAAUAUUUUACAUUUUAAAUGCCCUAUGAUAUAAAAAUUAUGUACUCAUGUUUCCAGCAAACAAUUAAUAAAUAAUU